GUGUGUGUGUGUAAAUUUUAGCAGCAGCAACCACAGCCGCAGCAGUCGAUGGUCAGACUAAUUUAAAGAAGAAAUAUGCCGCCGGCUUUUCUGCCAUGAGCUAAAAACUUAAAAACUGCACUCAAAUUGGAGGCAUGUCCACUUUGGCCAGAAGUUGUUGUCGACCAUCAAGCAUUCAUCUAAAGAGUGAACCCCAAUUGGCAAAGGAGGAGGACGAGGAGGAGGCGGCCGAGCAGCACCCUCAGCGCGAAAUGCAUCCCGAUUGCCUGCCCUUGCCGUUGGCCCAGCACAUCAGCAGUCCCCAGGUGGAGGAAGCCGAUGCCGACGAAGAGGAAGAUAACUGUGAUGAGCACCUCAAUAUCGAAGAUGCCGAGGAGGAUGAAGAGGAGGCCGACUUGGAUUUGGAAGAUCCGGCCAGCUGUUGCAGUGAGACCAGUGUCCUAAGUGUGGGCCAAGAGCAAUCGCAGGCGGCUGCCGCUGCGGUCCAGGCCCAGGCCGAGGCCCGGCAACGUCUGCUGAUGUCUCAACUCUAUCGGCCGUCGGCCUUCACCAAUGUGGAGGAAUCUUCAUCGCUUUCCAUGCCAGCACCCGCCAAUAGUUUCCAAGAGGAAUUCCUGCGCAAAUCCCAGCUAUAUGCCGAGGAGCUUAUGAAGCAGCAGAUGCAAUUGAUGGCUGCGGCACGGGUCAAUGCUUUAACGGCAGUGGGCAAAAUGUCUAGCCAACUGCAAAUGGCUGCAGCAGCGGCGGCUCUGGUUGUUCCAACGGGCCAGGAUGCAUUGGCCCAGUUAACAGCCACAGCUUUGGGUAUGGCUCCCACUCAACAACUGAUGAUGCCGCAUCAUCAACAACACCAGCAGCAGCAGCAUCCGCAUCAGCAACACCUUCAUCCCAAUAGCAAUCAUCAUCCACAGCAAAGAGAUCCUCUUCAUAAUAAUAACAACAAUAAUAACAACAAUGAAAAUCUCCAUGAAAGAGCGUUGAAAUUUAGUAUAGAUAACAUUUUAAAAGCGGACUUUGGUUCCCGUCUCCAGCAACAAUUUGCUGCUGCUGGAGCUGGUGGCAAUUCUGGAGGAUUGGCCCGCAUUCCCUCAUCCACAAACACUAGUAGUUGUAGUCCACUAAAGCCGCCCAAGAAAUCGACAAAACCCCUGAACCUAGCCCAAACAAAUGCUGUAACCCCAAGCCUAAGCUUCUCCAGCACAUUGGCCAAUAUAUGCAGUAAUAGCAAUGAUUCAAAUAGCACGGCAACCAGCAGCAGUACAACAGCCACAUCAAAUGCAGUUGAUUUGGCCAAAUCACCUUUAGCCACAUCGCCUGCACCGCCUGGAGGCAGCACCACUACGACAGGAGGCGGAGGAGGAACAAAUAAAACUGGCGAAGAUUCAUCGGGUACACCCAUAGUGUGGCCAGCAUGGGUCUAUUGCACACGUUACAGUGAUCGCCCCAGCUCAGGUCGAAGUCCGCGUGCACGCAAACCCAAGAAGCCCGCCACGACCAGUUCCACGGAUCAGGAUAAAGCCGAUACGGAUGGUGGCCAAGGGCCAGAGGAUAAACGGCCGCGUACAGCCUUCAGUGGUUCACAGUUGGCGCGUCUGAAGCACGAGUUCAAUGAGAAUCGAUAUCUAACCGAGAAGCGUCGCCAACAAUUGAGCGGAGAACUGGGCCUAAAUGAGGCACAAAUCAAAAUCUGGUUUCAAAAUAAACGGGCCAAACUGAAAAAGUCCAGUGGCACCAAAAACCCCUUGGCUCUGCAAUUGAUGGCCCAAGGAUUGUACAAUCAUUCGACAGUUCCAUUGACACGCGAGGAGGAGGAACUCCAAGAGCUUCAGGAGGCGGCUGCAGCAGUCGCCGCCAGCAAGGAGCCCUCAUAGUUGGAGCCAACGACUUCAAGCGAUAUUAAUAUACGGAUUAUAAAUAAUACCUAAUAUUUAUUAGUAGUGUGUUCUAGCGUGUAAGUUGUAAGCAGUAGUAACAGCAGCAGCAGCAGAUUAAGUUGUAAAAUAUUCUAGUCCCCCCCGCAACACGAAGCGUAGCAACUCCACCUCCAAAAACUCCGAUUUCAACUUCCUCGGUUUGUUGACUGACGGGCGGGCGGGCAGGCAGGUUGGGCUUUGCGGCUUCGUGUUAAUACUUUGUAUAAUAAAAAAUUCA